UUUCCGAGUGGCUGUUUACAACUAAGUACCUAUAAUUAAAAAAAUAUAUUAAAACUUACUCAUAUGUAUUUUUUAGGUUUCCAAUCAAAAUCUAUAUUUUUUUUUGUUUUAUUACAGGGUCUAAAUUGAAAAAAAAAAAUAAUGGAACAAAAGUACAACAUAUUACAUAACCUUUGUUUAAAGUAUUUAACAUUAUUUUAAAAUACAAAAAAUUGGAAACAUUUUUUCUUUGUUCCCGUUGAGGUAGAGCCCAUUAACGGGGAAAAUCGAAGACCGGGUGUAGCCGGUAUAAAAUGGAUGUAUCAAUACAGUGGCGGCACUACAGAAUUGCUCCAAUUAGGGAUGGCAAUUUGAACACGCCCCGCUGGGUAAUACCCGACCUGACCCGCGAUGGUGCGGGUAUUACCCGACCCGUAUUAGCGUGGUGCGAGGCAUGGGUAUCAACUUUCGACCCGUCCUGUCCUGCCUCGUCCCAUUCUUAGCCCGUUCUCAGUCAACUUUUUACCCCAUCCAUUCAUAUAUCUCCUAUUUUGGCUUUUAUUUAACUAGUUAGACUUGAUCUUUCAACUAAAUAUACUCAAUUACUUAUUAUAUUAUCACUAUUAUUCAUUCAUCAAGUCUUUUCCCCUUCGUUUUAUCAUAAGAAGUAAAAUUGUGCAUAUAUUUUUCUCAAAUAGCAUGUAAGAGCGGGUCGACCUGACCCACCCCAUACCCGCGCGAGUAUUACCCCCACCCCAUACUACCGUGGGACGGGGUAUGGGUAUUGAGGUACCCGCCCGGCCCGACCCAUUGCCAUCCCUAACUCCAAUCCCUCCACGUUAAUCACAAGUUUGGUUAUGAAGAUUCGCUCCCUAAUGUCAAACCACGUGUGUGCUUAAGUGUCAAUAAUACUGCCACCUGUGCACAUGAGUUGCCCUAAAAACGAGACUCCACCAUGACUAGCUAGCACCAAACCCUAUAAAAUCACCGUCAUAUAUAUAUAUAUAUAUAUCGCCACCACUUUUAUUCAUCACAAUUUUAUCAACUUAAACCCACUUCCUUUCGCUUAAUCCUCCCUCUUUUUCUGCCUAAUUACCUCUUCAGGUUUUUUCCCACCAUGGAAGAAAUAUUGGCCAACCACACUUUCAACGACGACAAGCUUUUCCUCGCCAACUUCAUCGUCACCAAUUACUUAGGCCCCGACGUCUUCUCGGAGAUUCCGCGACGGUCCGUCGCUAAUAGGCUUUCCCGACGGUUUCCUCCUUACACUUCCACCCACUUGGGCGACUCCUCCCUCACCGUCUCCCAGCUAAAAUCCCUGUACUAUUACGCCCUCCGAAACGCCGACCCGACCUUGAUUCUCAGCCCGGCCCAAUUCCACGCCUACCUCAAAGGCGACGAAACAACUUACACCACCAAUUUCACCACCUUUUUCCCUCUCCACCUCCACAAGCACAAGGUCUACUCCGCCGCCUCGAUCCACGAGGUCGUGAAGGGCAUCGUCGUCGUUAUUAACGACGAAGACGAUGCCCCAGUAGAUGAUGAGCUGAACCGGUCGUAUAUCGACCGGUUCAGACGUCUGUCCGGUUCGUCCGGCUUGAAGAUGGAUUCGAAAUCGUGCUUGACGUAUCGCCCUCCUCGCCCGAGGGAUGAUGACGACGACGACCGUGAUUCCGAUCCGCGUCCCGUGGUUUUGUUUCGAGAUGGAUUCAAGCGGCGGCGGGUGGUUAUUAGCGACGACGAUGAUGAUCUCGAUGAGAGGGAUUUCCCGACGGCGGAGGAGCUCGCUGCUCGCGAUGCGACCGUGGUUGUCAACGGCAAAACGGUGACGUUUAAGCUGGUUGGGUUGUCGUCCGACUACGUCGUUAUCGGGAUCAGUAGAGCUGCUUACCUUUUCCGCGUUGCACUCCCUUGUCUCCCGAAUAAUUUUCGUGGAUUGAGCUGCGAGGUUUGGUCGGACGGAAAGGUGGAGAUAGCGCAGCAGCAGCAGCAACUUCACGACGCCGGAGGUGGACUGCCGGCGCCAUUCACGCUGUCGUUUUAUCUGCCGGGGCCGGUGGAUCCGAGGCUGUUUUCACCUAAUAUCCGGCGAGAUGGAACUUUGGAAGCUGUGGUCGUUAAAAAGCAACGUGGGUGGAUCAUAGGAAGUCCAACAAAGUUGGGCUCUAGCUAACUUGGGCCCGUUUUUCUCUACUUGUUGGGCUACUCUAUUGAACUGUAGCUUGUAGCUACUAGCAAAGUACUUAUCGUCAACGUGUACAAAUAGGCAAACCUUAAUAGUGUAUAAGUUUGUUAAGUUGCCGGUUAUGUACAUAGCUUAAUCACAUUUUGUAUGGAAUGCAGAUUGUAAAUUAAAAUUAUCAUCCCAUGCCCAUCAAGACAAUGCAUGAAGCCAUGAGCAAUGGAUGAAAAAUGGAUUUUUGUAUAAUUUUAUUAGGACAAUUAUGCUGCAUCAUAAUUUGAUAAAAAUAACUCGAUUUUAGGCAAAUAGAUACACUGCUAUUAUUAGUAGUCACCCACCAAUUAAGUACAAAAAUUGAA